AUGGCUUUCAACGUCCUCACGACUAACGCGGUCGACCUGCAGCGGCUACUCGAAGAGAACAAGAUCACGAGCGCCGAAACUGUGGCAGAGUACUUAGCACAAAUCGAUCGCUAUGAGCCUGUACUCAAUGCGCUUAUCUCGCCUGCCCCGCGGGACAAGGUCCUCAAAAUCGCCCAGGCUCGGGAUGAGGAGCGCCAGAAAGGGCAAAUCCGGGGCCCGUUUCACGGAAUUCCUAUAAUUUUGAAAGAUAGCUUUGUCACAGCGUCAGAGCUGGGCAUGAGCACCACAGCUGGAUCAUAUGCGUUCAUCGGAGCCAAGGCGUCAAAGAACGGAGCCAUCACUCAACGGCUGAUUGACGCUGGCUUGAUUAUCUUGGGGAAGGCGAACAUGACUGAGUUCGCUGGUAUGAAAAUGACCAUGAUGAUGCCCGGUUUGUCUGCUCAUGGUGGUCAAACUCUAUCGCCGUAUGUUGGGAAGAUAGAGGAUGAUGAGAAGAUACUUGGCCACUCAGCUCCUGGGGGUUCAUCCACUGGUUCUGCGGUCGCUGUAGCCGCUGGGUUUAGCCCUCUUGCAAUAGGCACUGAGACCAUAGGUUCCAUUGUGACUCCGUCAACACGCGCCGGUUUGUAUGCGCUCAAGCCUACUACCGGGGUCCAGGAUACUACUGGGUUAUACACCAUGACGGAGUUUUUCGAUAGCCCGGGUCCUAUGGCAAAAUCAGCAGCUGACGUUCGCGUUCUUUCUGAGAUUCUGCUCGGUCGCCUGUUUAACUCUGUCCAUUUGAGUUCCUGGGAAGGUCUUUCGCUAGGCUUCCUGGACCCAAAAGAGUGGAGCAUGUCGCCGGACUUUUGUACGCAAUUUGAGGGCACCGCAGAGCAAAUGGUAGAUGAGUACGAGGAGACGGUAUCCGCUCUACGGAACGGAGGCUGUCCUCUUAAAUACCCAAUUUACUGCAAGGAUCCCUCAGUUUUACCGAAUACUACAUUGCCAGUCGCAUAUUGGGACUUCAAAAAUGUCUGCAUCCCUAAUUUUAUUCGCUCGUUUGAUGAGUGCGCUGUAACAAGCGUUGCAGAUAUCGUCAAGUUCAAUAAAGAAAACAGCGAAAAAGCCCUCCCAGCUCCAUUCGUCGAGCAGAAUGAUCUGGAAGGGGCAAUGAACACUGUUGAAGAAAAGAAGCAUAUAGAUGAGAUGAAACAGAACCUUCGCAGGGCCGCGAGAGAUAUUCUGGAUGACCUAUUUGAUAAGGAAAGAAUCAAUAUCCUGGCAGCUCCGGGAGACUCCCCACUAUGUGUUCAUGCUUCUGCUGCAGGGUAUCCUGUCGCCACGGUCCCGAUAGGACAACUUGGCUACAAUGGCCGGCCGUUCGGUCUAUGUCUGGUGGCUAGGGCGGAUGAAGAGGGGACUCUAUUGCAGUUCAUGGGAGCGGAUGAUAACUGGCAAGACGAAUGCCAUAUCUUAUCUACGGGAAUGGCCGGUAGAAGACCUCAGGUGGCCCAGCUCAGUCAAGCUGCUGGACCUCUCGCAUAUAGUUCCAUUGACCUAGCGAGGAAGGAUCUAGUGCCAACAUCGGCAGCCUCUCAGAGUGACGACACGACGAUAAUGGUUUCAAGUGGGAUAUUUAGCAACCUGAUCCAAACCAGACGACCAGAUUAUCCCGCAUCAUUAAUAACCCUAAUGUCAAGCUCAACAAGAGACUACAUUAUAAUCGGCGGGGGGCUUGCCGGAUGCGCACUUGCCAGCCGGCUUUAUGAAAAGAACAACUCACUCAAUAUUCUGAUCAUAGAGGCCGGAGCCAACGCCGUCGGCCACCCCCUCACCGGCGCCCCCCUUGCGUGUUUCGGUGCCCAUCAUUCCCCACUCGACUGGGCCUAUACCACGGUGCCCCAGAAGCAUCUUAACGGCAGGGAAUGCUACAACAGCGCAGGCAAGGCUCUUGGGGGUAGUUCUGCCACGAACUAUGGCACCUGGACUCGCGGAAAUGCCGCCGACUAUGACCGCUGGGCGAAUAGCUCCGACAGGAAGUACGGUUUGAGGGAGCCGCUGCGGGAGGCUUGGGCCAGGGUCGGCGUGGAAUAUGUUGCAGACGCAAACGCGGGAUCGCCGCUAGGGCUGGGGGAGUUAGUGGAGAAUUGGCGUGCAGGCCAACGACAGAUUUCGAGUGAAGCAUAUGGUACACUUAACUGUUCCGGAAUUACCGUCAUGACCGACACAAUGGUAAAGCGAAUUAUUCUCGAGGAUCGGGAUGACAAGAAAGAGAAAGUCGCAACGGGAGUAGAAGUGGUAGGCGGAGAGAAACACUUCGCAUCACGAGAAGUCAUUGUCUCGGCUGGUGCAUACCGCACACCCCAGGUGCUGAUGCUCUCUGGGAUUGGGCCGGCAGAGAUCGCAAACCACAAUAUCACGCAACUGGUCAAUGCGCCGGGCGUCGGCUGCAACCUUCAUGACCACUUCUCGUUUGUGCGGUGGUGGAAACUGCGGCAUCCGGAGCAAGGCUUGUCCAUGGGUACUCCGUUAUGGAAGAACCCAGCGUAUGCGUUGGGUCUCCCGGCUGACUGGAACGUCACUGUGCAAGCUCCACGUGAGGUGUUGAUGGAAGCAUUGACUGCUGACGGUGAGAGCGAAUCGGCUCUUGGGAAGCAUCCUUAUCUUGCCCCUGAUUCCUGCCAUGCUGAGAUUCUCAUUGUUUACGCCCCUGCUGGUGCAGCUGUUGCGGGUGCUGAUAUCCCGAUGGAUGGCACCCAUGUUGCGUCAGCUAUUCUAGACAUGGUCCCCACUUCGCGAGGCCAUGUUACCAUAGCGUCGAGCGACCCAAUGAUCCCGCCUCUUAUCGAUCCAAACUAUUAUUCCACUGAAGUUGAUCGUGCGAUCCUUCGGGCCGCCAUUCGACAGGUAACACAAGUUCUCCGAGAGACACCUGAAGGCAGAGCGAUGAUCGAAUGUGAGACGCCGCAUCCUGGGUUUAACCCGCUAGGGCCCGACGCCACAGACGAAGAAAUCGACGCUCAAGUAAAACAAGGGGGGAAUACAUUCUAUCAUCCCGCUGGCACAGCGUCAAUGGGGAAUGUUGUAGAUACUGAGCUCCGUGUGAAAGGCGUCGAAGGUCUCAGGGUAGUCGAUGCCAGCAUCAUACCUUUGCCGAUAACAGCACACUACCAGGCAGUUGUAUAUGCAAUUGCAGAGAAAGCUGCAGAUAUUAUAUCGAACUAA